GGCAACAAUUAGCGGCGAGCUCGGCAACGAGGCUCUGUUUGCUUUGAUCUCGCUUAGACGAAUAUUCAUUUCACUCUUUCUGAAAUGUUUACUGGGGUUCAAACCUCGGACCGAUAUUCAUCAGGGACGUUGAGGGGAAUGAAAUACAAUGUACAGCUCGAUAUCCUUUGUUGCAAAAUGAUCCUGGAGAAAUUUCGAACCUUGCGCGGAUGAGCGUCAACAGAAACUGAGGAAGUAAGACAUGCUCCAAUUUUCUAUUGUAUCCUCGUCUGGCCUCUCCACUGAAGUCAUACAAAGCUUAAAGCUCAGACCUUGUCGGUUAGCUAUCAUGUGGAUCUUCUCAAAUACGCUCCACAGUUCUGCGCAGUUAAGACUCUGAGCCAGCCAGAUUGAGAGACUUGGCUGCUUUCAGCACAUACUGGAGAAGUCAUGAACCUAUCGACAUUGCUUGAUGCUUGACUCCUGAGAGGCUCAGCUGUUUGCAGCACUUGCUCGGGUGAGGCAGUGGGAUCCGAGAUAGUUUAAGUGUACUAGGGUGUUGUGAAUUUGAGAAAUGGUACCAUCUUGAAAAGUUUGGCCAUCGUUUUAGGGUCUGUGCUAUCAUGGUAUCUCGCAUAAUGAUAAAGCGGAUCACUGUGCUAUUGAAAAGAUCGUAUAAAGCUAUACAUCCUGCCUCGUCAAGUCAUAUCAAGUCGAUCAUCUCAAAGCACUUCCAUCAUCUUAUUUUAAACAAUUCUCUUCAACCAUGCCUUCAACUAUGGUAUCAGUGUGGAGUGAUAGUUCUGACUUUGACAACACAACUCUGUCCACUAGUCCAUCUUCGCCUCUCAGUCCAUUUACUUCAGAAUAUUUCAAGUUUACUCCUGAAGCUAUUACACAGGAUUUCUCUUCGACCAAGGCCAAGAACAUCUGUUGUGUUGGUGCUGGUUAUGUCGGAGGACCCACAGCGGCAGUCAUUGCUUUCCAGAAUCCUCACAUCACAGUCACUGUAGUUGACAAAGACAUCAACCGUAUCAGAAAAUGGAACUCACAACAUCCUCCCAUCCAUGAACCUGGCCUCAACGAAAUCGUUCGAGUAGCUCGAGACGGUACAAAUGCUACGAAAAUCAACAUCGACGAUGCUUCCACUGCCGAGCUUCCUGCUCGCUUACCCAAUCUAUUCUUCUCAACCGAUGUUGCAAAGUGUGUCUCCGAGGCUGACAUCGUUUUGUUGAGCGUCAACACCCCCACGAAGGUUUCGGGAAUUGGAGCUGGAGCUGCGACCAACAUGGUUGCGUUGGAAGGCGCGACGAGAGACAUCGCUCUGGCUGCGAAGCCGGGUGCUAUUAUCGUCGAAAAGAGUACUGUGCCUUGUCGUACUGCUCAGAUUGUUCGCGACACUCUCAACGUUCACCGACCAGGCGUGCCCUUUGAAAUCCUUUCAAACCCUGAGUUCUUAGCAGAAGGCACCGCUAUCAAGGAUCUCCUCAACCCAGACCGUAUCCUCAUCGGAAGCUCCCGCACAAAGUCUGGUCUUGCAGCAGCUGCAGCCCUCAAAGAAGUAUACUCAGCUUGGGUUGACCCCUCCAAGAUCGUCACCGUCAAUCUUUGGUCAUCAGAACUCUCAAAGCUCGUCGCAAACGCCAUGCUCGCACAACGUAUCAGCAGUAUCAACACCGUCAGCGCAAUUUGCGAAAAGACUGGUGCAGAUGUUGAUGAGAUCGCCAAAGCUAUCGGUCUCGAUCCUCGUGUUGGAUCAAAGUUCUUGAAAGCUGGUCUUGGAUUCGGUGGCUCAUGCUUCAAGAAAGAUAUAUUGUCUCUCGUAUAUCUUGCUCAGACUCUCCACCUCGACGAAGUAGCUGAGUACUGGAUGCAAGUCAUCUCCAUCAACGAGUUCCAACGCAACAGAUUUGUCAGACGUGUAGUGUCCAACUUGAAUGGUACGCUUAUUGGCAAGAAAAUCAGUAUCCUCGGCUGGGCUUUCAAGAAGGACACAAGCGAUACUCGAGAGUCACCUGCUGUGGAAGUAGUCAGAUCGUUGUUGGCCGAUAACCCAGCAGAAAUUGCGAUCUUUGACCCCAAAUGCAACCCAGAAGACGUUAAGGACGAGAUUAAUCGUUUGUUCGGGAACAUGGGUGUGAAGCUUCUCAAGCCGGAAGGACCAAUCGAAGUUUACAAAGACUCAUACGAAGCUUGCGCCGACUCAAAUGCCGUCCUCAUCCUCACAGAAUGGGAUCAAUUCCGUUAUCCUUCUCUUGAAAAGAAAAUGUCAAUUUUCACAAAGCGCCCAUCGGAAUGCAUCUCCAAGAAGCGAAACAAUUCUGCUCUCAUCGAGCUCGACAUUCUUCACAUGAUGUCCACCAGACGACAGUCAAACACCGUCUCACCGACAGAUCCUGAACCAACGCUUGAUACUGACCCUGUCAACCGCUACCUGCCUGAACCUGCUUGCGCAGAAGGCUGCAGAGACUGCGAGCGUGGAAGCGCCGAAGAGGUCAUCGCGAAUGAGAGUCUGGAGUGGGCACGAAUCGCAUAUCAAAUGAAGGGUCCAAAGUGGGUGUUUGAUGGAAGGGGAUUGGUUGAUGCUGGUGAGAUGGAGAAGUUGGGGUUCAGAGUUGAGGUCAUUGGGCGGGCAGGAAGUAGGAGUCAACUACAUGGGUUCGAUAGUGACAGAUGUUAGACAAGAGUGCGAUGUACCAGGAUGGGGGAGUAAAAAGGAUUUUGCGGGUUAAGAAAUUCGGCGUUUAUUUGGGGAGUUAGAGGUUGUAGGAGAUGAUAGAGUCACUACGCUCCUUUCAUUCAUUUCAUUUUCAUCUGUAGAACCAAAGAAUACAAAUUAUAUCCAAAACAUUCAGAAACGU